CCUCCCCCCUCCGCCAUUUUCGCAUAGUGAGAGGCGCACAGUGGAAACUUAUUCUUUGUUUUCGCAAAGCAAUGGUGUGGAUUCCUCCUCUGUGGCCCGAGUGUAAAAGGACGGAAUCAAGGAUGACACCGAUAUCAAUUUUAUCCAUGACCUGGAAGUUUUAACUGUUAAAAUCUGCCUGAAAAGGUCAACUGUCCGGGAAUACCGUGAUGCAGUGAGUCACAUUAGCCAGCUAACAUGUCCAAUAACUAACAACAUAAGGUAUUUUAGGUGUGAGAAGAGUCAUCUGUGUUAGCCCAGUAUGGACAGCUUCUUCAAGGCAGCUGUGUGUGAUCUGGACAAGCUGCUUGAUGACUUUGAGCUCAAUACAGAUGAACUUGACUGUAAAUCAGUCCUCUUAAUGCCCUCUGCAUGCCCUUUUUCCUCACUGGGCUCCCAACGUUUAUCCUCAGAAGCUUCCACAGUUUCGCAAAACCUCCCUGACCUUAAUUCUCUUCAUUAUGGCUCUGCCCCAAGCUGUCCUGACCGCCCCGCCAGCCAUAACCACAGUCCCAGUGACAGUGAAGUUAAAGGCGAACCUCUCAUUGCAGUAGAUCUUCUCUCCUCUGUGGAUCACAGGCCAGCAAAAAGCUCUGCGCCCCCCUGCCCAGAUCGAGCUCUGAAGCCCGUGUGUGACCUUGUCAAUGACACAAGCUCUGCCAUCCUGGCUAGGGCCAACAGCCAUGAUGCUUUCAGUGAGCUGGACAUGGUCGAAAAGCAAAUGGAGGCAGAGGGGGCUCUGCUUGUGGACUUCAAUAGCCCGGCUGUAAGUGGACUUUCAGAGGAAGUAGGAGGACUAAGCCUGGGCGCUGAUACUGACACAGAGGUUCAACAGGCCUCUGGAGUGGAUUCUCACGAGCUGGUUGGUAGAUAUUCUGCCUCGCUCAGUCUGUUGGAUGUUAUUCUUCCUGCAGCAGUGGAGAGGGGCAAUGAGUCUGCAGAUGAUUCACUGUCACCAGGGACCGUUGAGUCUGCUGACAAAGAGGAGGAAGAGGAUGAGGAGGUGGCCAGCAUGAAACAGCAAGUGGAUGUCUCCUCCAACUACUGUGAGCAAGAAGCCAUUCUUUCCAGUGAUAUUGUAAAAGGCAACGCAAUAACAGAGGACAAUAAAGAGGAGUCACAAGGAUCCUUGGACGCUGGUGAGGCAGAGUCUCCUGCAAGUCUUAGCACCUCUGACAGUGAACCAGUGGGUUUGUCCUGCCUGCCCCUUGCUGUAUCUAUGUGUGGAGCACUGGUGAAUCCAAAAAAAACAGAUGAACAGUCUGGGCAAGCUGCUGGGCAGAGUAAUGAUGCAGAAAUAUCUAAGAGCACAGAGGAGGAAUCAGCCUUGGAGGACAGAGAGGAUAGCUCCCAUUCAGAGGAGCCUGUUAACUCUGCAGUCUCCUUGUCUGAGCAGACUGCAGAGGGCAGGGUAUCGCCGGAGGAGCAGCAUCUCUCUGUUGGAUCACCCGGUGCUCCUUCUGUGGACAUUUCCUCCUCCCAUCCCCCAGAACCCAGCUCAGUAGAUUUUCUUGAGCUUGGCCUCGACUAUCUGUCUGAGAGUGACCGGGCUGAGCUGCUGGUCACAGAUGAGGAAUUGGAUGCAUUCUUGCAGGCCCAUGCAGAUGCACAACAGGUGGAAGGUGUCUCUUAUUGCAGCAGGUCUGAGGGUAUCUCUGAAGUGAACGGGGAUCUGGAGGACAGGCUGGUGGAAGAGGAGCUGAGGAGCUGUGGCCGGGUCAGACAGGAGGAACUAGAGGGCCUGGCUUCUCCAGAAAGUGACCGAACAAUAUGCAUGUCUGUAGAGGGCAGUUUUAACCCUGCACUUCCUUCACUGUCACAGGACUCCUGCCAACUAGAUACAGAACUGCCCUCCAGUGUGAGCCACACUUUGACCAACAACACUUAUCAGUCCCAGCACAGUGGUAGCCCUGAUCCACAGCCCCCCUAUGGAGGUGCAAGACCUAAACAGCUACACUGCCAAGCCGCAAGAUCUCCCCCAGCAGGAGGAGACGUAGAGGAGGAAAAGACUCAGCCUCCCAGUGAUACUUCAGAAGGGCCAAGCGCAAUAGAGGAUGAAGGGAAUUCACCCACAUCCCCACCAAGCCCCAAUCCUACAGAGGAUCCUUCCAACAGCAGUGAGCCUAGCCCUGUGUAUGCUCCUCAGGAGCUUCAGGGCAUUGUGGGGUAUGACGAACUCUCAGAGCCCCCACCUUACCCUGGGGAGCCAUCCAGGGAUGGUGCUAGGACUGUGGAUGAGAAGGGAGAGGAUAUGGAGGGGCUGGGAUGCCGGCAGCCUACCUGGGUGCCAGAUGCUGAAGCACCAAACUGUAUGAAAUGCUUGCAGAGGUUCACCUUUACCAAGAGGCGGCAUCACUGUAGAGCCUGUGGGAAGGUUUACUGUGCUGGUUGCUGCAACAGAAAAUGUAAGCUGAAGUAUCUGGAGAAAGAGGCCCGUGUGUGUAUCAUCUGCUUUGAAACCAUACACAGAGCCCAGGCCCUAGAGCGGAUGAUGAGUCCUACGGGUCCCAGCCCAAAUCCCAACGUCCCGUCUGAGUACUGCAGCACCAUCCCCCCUUUGCAGCAGGCCCGUGCUGCAGGCACUCUGAACUCUCCUCCACCUACCGUCAUGGUGCCUGUGUCUGUUCUCAAACACCCAAGCAAUGACAGUUGUCCUCGUGAACAGAAACGCGUGUGGUUUGCUGAUGGCAUCUUGCCCAACGGAGAGGUGGCAGAUACAACUAAGCUUUCAGUGACGAGCCGCAGGAGCCCACAGGAGUCCAGUGGUACCAGUCCAGACCCAAUGACGUCUAGCCCAGCAGGCUCAGAAGGUGGGGUGGCAGGCUCAGUGGCCCCUGAGGCCUCUGGGACUGUCGAGGCGGUUCGACCCCUGGUGUCUGGACCCUGGGACUAUGCCUUGUUGUGUGCUAUCAGCUCUUCAGUGGAGAGGAUGCCCACUCUGCUGCCGGAGAAUGAGGAAGAACUCCCCCCGCUGCUCAUCAUCACUGGAGAGGACGAAGCAGGAGAUGUAUUAGUUGAGGAAAGGCCUGCUCCCUGCCAGAUUCUCCUUCUGUUAGAGGAGGGAGGGCCCCGGCCUUUGACCUUCGUUCUGAAUGCCAACUUGCUAGUCAACGUGAAGCUGGUUACAUACUGCGGUCGACGGUGCUGGUUUUUUGGCUCCAAUGGACUGCAGGCUUUGGGCCAGAAGGAGCUGGUGUUUUUGUUGGAAUGUCUGCCAGAGGAGAAAACUCUGCCAAAAGACUUGUUCACACUUUAUCUCAACAUUUACCAAGAUGCCCAAAAAGGGAAGGGAUUUGUAGAGGACUUGGGUAACGUGACACUGACAAGCAGCUUCCUGGGUAGUAAGGAGCAUGGCGGAAUGCUCUUCUUCUCUCCCACCUGUCAGCCUCUGGACGGCCUGACUCUUCCUCCCCAGCCUUUUCUCUUCGGCCUGCUCAUUCAUAGAUUGGAAGUGCCCUGGGCUAAAGUCUUCCCCCUCAGGCUGCUGCUAAGACUGGGAGCUGAACACAGUGCAUACCCCACUACACUGAUUAGCGUUCGCUUCAGGGACUCUGUGUAUCGGGAGACGGGACACACCAUUAUGAAUUUACUGGCUGACCUGAGGAACUACCAGUACAGUUUACCCGUUGUGGAGGGGCUGAGGAUCCACAUGGAGAUGGGCCACAGCUAUGUUGACAUCCCCAAGAGUCGGUUCAAUGAGAUGAUGAAGGUGGUGAACGCAUCUAAUGAGCAUGUCAUCAGUAUUGGAGCCAGUUUCAGCUCUGAGGCCGACUCUCACCUAGUGUGUUUCCAGAACGAGGAGGGAAACUAUCAGACCCAAGCCAACAGCAUGCCUGGCAAAACCCGCACAGUUACUGGGGCCAGUUUUGUGGUGUUCAAUGGAGCGCUUAAAGCCUCUUCAGGGUUUAUCGCCAAAUCCAGCAUUGUUGAGGAUGGGUUGAUGGUGCAAAUUCCUCCAGAGACCAUGGAGUCUCUGCGGACUGCUCUGCGGGAGCAGACAGACUUCCAGAUACCCUGUGGCAAGAAUGACGGAGGGGAACUCAGAGAAAAUGUCACUGUUCGCUGGGUCAACUGGAGUGCACCUGUCAACAUGGGUGUAACUAGUGGAGUUGAUGGACGACCCCUCGAUGGAGUGCACAGUGUGCGAAUGCAGCAGGACACAGAGUUCGAGUCAGACGGACGCUCCAUCAGAUGCACCGAGGUAUUCUACCAGUUGAAGAAUCCCGACUCUUGCCUUGCGACAGUGCUGCCGUCCUGCAGUGUGUUUCAGAAGGAAAUGGCUUUGGCGACGUGUAGCGCUCUGACUCCUCACCUUGCCGUGCUCACCGCCAGUGGCAUAAACUCACUUUCUCUUCGAGUCUCCACACAGGCUGACAUGGUGGAGUACCAGGCUGGUUCAGGGAGCAAGCUCCUCCCGCAGCGCUACAUGAAUGAGCUGGACAGCGCUCUGAUCCCUGUCAUCCAUGGAGGUAGUGCAAGUGUACCACAGACUGCCAUGGACAUGGAGUUCAUCUUCUACAUCACACAUACCAUAUAGUGCACAUGUUCACUCUCACUUUUUGUGAACUCACAAAAAAAGUAAGUCAGAAGAAGUAAACUUAAUAGCAGGAUCGCUGAGUGCUGAGAGAAGCUAUUGAUUGUGGCAGGACAUCCGAAUGCACCAGAUAAAUGAUGCACAGUCGGACAUGCAGCCAGUCAUCCAGCCAGCGGCAGGACAUUCCCCCGACUGGACAUGUCCUCUGUGGAUUUGGGAGGGAUUCAAACUAAGAUGUGACAUCAGUUUUCUAUCAAGGAAACGUCCUAUGUUUGUCUGUUUUGUGGUCACCAAAGCUGCUUUAAUCCAAGAGGCCAAACACUAAAACGUGGGACAACCUGACCAAAUACAACCAGACCGUUCUGACCAUUUCCUUCUGCUCUGCCUUCCAGGCUUCAGGCUGGCCUCUGUCAGCCAGAAGCAUCUCAAUGAAUGUCCCCCACAGACUGUCCAUUUAAAUGUCCAUUUGAUUUGGAUGUAUUUAUUAUUAUUAUUAUUAGAAGGGUGAUUGAAUGAAAUGAUGGACAACAUUGAAGCAAGUAAUGUUCUUGACAGCUGUAUUCAAAACCUGAGAAGAGAUACAUGUAAUCAGGUGCUACUGUAAAGCCACUUUACACAGCAGGCUGUUUUAAAAAUAUAAAGAGUGGGGAUGAAAAGAAAUUAGAUUCAUCUCAUCUGAGGUAGUGUCCUCUCCUUUUCUCCACAUGGUAUUUUGUCUUGAUACUGCACCGGAAAAACAAUGCACAUAGGGAUUUGUAUAUCCAUGUUUAGGAUAUUUUAACACCAGCUACUUGCUAAAUAAUACUUUUUUGGCUGUGGCUGGUAAGUUAGUCUGCCUGCCACUUAAGGUUCACCAGCCUUAGUCUAGAGUUUCUCUUACAUUCACAGAUUAUUUUUGGCUGGUGAAAUAAUGAAUGUUGCCUGUGUAUUUUGGAAUCCAUUGACCACUACAAGUAGUGGAUCAAAAAGUUUGCUUCCUGUCCUGGAUGUAACCUCAAAUCAUUUAAAGUAAGGGCAACUUGUUGCCAUUAUUUUGUCACUUUAGUUACUUCUGCGGUCUGCCACAAUACUUCCUUAUAUAUAUAAAUUUUUUUGGUUGCUCUGCUUUUUAAGAUCUUUAGACAAGUAGCAGAAUCUCCUUUCACUGGUGACCAGUAUUUGCCAGCUACUGUUCAAAUACCAAUGAUUUCUUCCAUCAAAGGUUUUAAUAUGUCUGCUUCAUCAUCUCAGUCUGUCAGUUUAAUAACCACAUCAUGCACAGCCGAUGGAAUAUUUAGAUUGUGCUUUGUGGUUACUCUGGCAUGUGCACUGGUAAUUGUUCAGCUUUAUUUCUCUUCGAAGAUUCAAAACAGUAUUCCCUAUUCCCCCCACCAGUACAUGUGGGUGCCCUGUGCACAGCUGUAGUCUUCUCAGGUGCUGGUCAGAGUGGGAACAGCCAUCUGCGCACAGAUGACAGCAUGUUAUGGCACACUGAAAAUCUUCAGGCAUGUUUCAAGAUUAAACUGUAUUCUGUGUAUCUCUACAGCAGCAGAACAACACAAUGAAGGACUUCAGAACCAUUAAACAGGUCUGAGGCUUUUUAGUGUGUGUUUUUUUUUAAUCCGUGAGUAUUUUAUUUCUACCUGAUCAAAAGGUGGGUUGGAGCAGGAUUUACUGAGACUUCCACUAGCUUGUCAUCUUUAAAAAAGAAAAAAAAAAAAAAAAAAGCCAGAAUAGAACUGCCAUUUCCCUGGCACGAGAGCUCUGUGUGACAAUGUCUGAUGAAGGUGUCAUUGUUUUAAUUUAUGUAAACCUUUUACAAGUAGAAAAAAAAAAGCUUGUGUCCAGACAGGUCUCCACCCUGUGAAGGCAUCCACAGGUCUGCCACCCAGGCUGUCGUGUAAUGUUUGAAGUAGCUUCCUGCACUCCCCAUGAGUCAACACCAGGUAGCGCUGUUCUCUCCAAGGGCAAAGUGCAGUGUCUCAUAUUUUGUCACAGUGUCUCAAUUUUCUUGUCAGGAAUUUUUUCCAGUCUGCUUUGUCCAAAUGUAUAAAAGAUAUAUGCAUAGAGAUUUAUCUUUUUUUGUAUAUUAAAGAGUUAUUUUUGGAGUCAUUGGUAUAAAGGAUUUAACACAUGGAUUAAGAGUUGAUAUUUUUGAUAGGAAGCAUGCUACAUCAGUUUUGCAGUUUGUGUAGCAAGUUCCUUGAGCACAGAAAGAAAAAAAAAACACUAGCUUAUCUCAGAAAUUGAAGUUCUUUUUCUUUUCUUUUUUUUUUCCCAAAGUCAUAACAAUAACUAAUCCCAGAAUCUACCACAUAAAUAACUUAAGUUUGGGAUUGAAUGUGCCGGCAAAGAUAGGAAAAAUCUUAAGAAUAAAUAUAAGCAGCUUUACACUAGCCCGUCAGCCAUGACCUGUCCCACAGUGGUUGAUGUUAUUUCCACUAACAUUGUAUGAGUAAUAAAGUAACAUGUCAGAUUAA